UUGUUUCCAUCUGGUCAGUUCUUUGUGCUCUGGACAGAAAUGAACGGAUCGUUUUAAACCCGUUUUUUUUUUAGGCAUGUAUCGUUUUCGACAGUUGAUGAAUUACACCCCCACUAAGUCUUGUAGGCCUGCUCUGUACGCCAAAGAGCCACAGACGCUGAUGCCACCAGCCCAAUCCAAGUCACCCAGGGGAAUCGCCUCGUCGGCCAGUCUGGCCAAGGGGUCUCGCUCCGCCGGGCCUGGUAAGGGGAGCGCGCAACGGUCGGGCUCGGCGCCGGCCUCAAAGAGCGUCAGCCCGGGGAGCUUGGGCUUCAAGCCGUCCGGCGUGGCCAAGGGCUCGGCCGCCGCUACCAUGAUGUCCUCGCAGGGCAAUGUGAAGUCCGGCUCGGUGUUGGCCGACUUGCAGAGCAGCGGAGCCGGGGGUAGAACACCCAGCAAGGGCUCCACCGCCGUCUGCAAUACGCGACCGAGCAGAGGCGGCACUUCGCAGACCAUAGAGUGUACAAAGCAGUGAGGGAGCGCAGUCUAGCAUUAUCGUGCAUGAAAAAUACAGGUUCUAUGUUUAAUUAAUUGAUUAAUCUGGUGAAACAAUAACUGCGCAUGCCGCUUCUACGUUUAAUUUGGAUUUUAAUGAAUGACCCGAUGGUUAGGAAAGUUUCGGUGGGGGCACGGGGGGGGCAACCUCUUCUGAUCCGAUACCAAAAAUAAAGGAAGAAAUCAGUUUUGAAAAAUGAAAUAUAAGUUAUAUUGAUAAUAAAGAUGGUAUCCUUCGAAGGUUAAUAUUGGUACGUGGUGAGCGUUAAAGAGAACGUAACGCGUUACUUUUGUGUCCGUCUGUCUGCAACGAUCGGAUAUAAGUAAGAAAAUCUGAGGGGCCAAAUCCUCCAUCCCCCGCUCGGGAAAAAUCUUGGAUUCUUGCCCCUGACCUCUUCGCCCACAAUCACUGUGCGAUCCCAAUAUCACCACUGCAAUUACUUCCAGUUUUUAGUAAGUAGAUUUUCUUGACUAAUUCCCACGUAAUCUAUCUUUAGAAAUUAGUCCGCGCAACGCUUUUUUUAUUUGGUAUUAAGUCCAACAAUAUCCUAAGAUCUUUGCAGUACACUCGACUCUGUCGGAUACUACUAAAUAAGCCCAGACUCGAACUUCAGCAGGCAUAACACAUUAAAAACACAGCUUUGAAACACUGA